GAGUAGAGACAGACACUCGUUGCGAGUUCCAUCAGAUUGUCAUUCUGCUCUGUGAUCUUAAUGAGCCUCUACAUUCGUUAAUCCAGAGAGAAUUUUUCACCAAACUAACUAAUCCUGGAAAGGUUGCGAAGAAGAAGCGCGGUCAGAAGCGGAGCGGAGCGGAACGGAGCGGACGUCGCGGUCGGCGCACGGCGCAGUACAGGACGACAGUCGGGAGCGAGGAAAGGAUGGCUGGCCGUCUUCGGGGCACGGCCAGGAUGCUCGCCGUCUGCCUGGUCUACCUUUGGACGCUCCUCGGUUCGUACUGUCAAAUGGCACCAGCCGUGGCUGGUGGCACCAAGGGCUGGCAAGUAGGAAACGGUCACAAAUACAAGCUGACGAAUACGCUGAUCUUUAGAGAGACCGAAUCAUCGAAAUCCACGGGUGACGUCGGUUUCAGGGUGACAGGCGAGCUGGACAUCACUGCCCUAUGGCAGGAUUUUAACGACCCUAAUAUCUUUUUACUUAAAUUCGAGUUACUAUCACCGCAGUUAUGGAUCAAGUCCCGGCGAGCUCCGGAGCCAGAGGGCUUCGUGGAACACUCGUCCAAGAUAGAGCAAACCGCCGAGAAGCCUUUCUUCGUACUCUGGCGACACGGCGAUGUCGAGGCCAUGUACAUGGACCCAGCCGAGAGCGCGUCAUCCGCGAACUUAAAACGUGGCCUAGCUAGUCUCUUCCAAUACCGAACGCUUGACGACGAAGUGCGUCAACGAGACGCUUCCGGCUUCUGCGACGUGACCUAUCUCAUGUCCGGAGAUAAUGUUAUUGAGAAACGAAAGACUGCCUGCACGCAUGGCACACUACCACCAUCGAAGCAACAUCCGAAUCCAAUGUUUGCCGUUAGACUCAAGAGUAAUCGUCAUUCCAAGUACGUGCUAACGCAGUCGCUGUUGCCAGAGCGCGUGAACGAUUAUGAAGGACACAAAAUGACCUUGGCGUCUAAGCCUGACGUUGGUACGAGUGUCGUAUCUGAAAGAACGUUGGAGCAGACAGUCGAGGCCAUCAGUGCAACAGCAAUUCAGGCGAAUUCCGCGAAGCAGGCGGUGAUGCUGCUUAAGCCUGAAUAUAAAGAGGCGGACAUCGAGCUCCAACCGAUGCUCGCCACAUGUCCUGAUACCGGAUGUCCCACGAUUAAUCAGGCGAUCGAAGAAUAUUACAAGACACUUACCGCUUCCGAGCUGGGUACAGCGAAAUCCGCGUCGGCUUUCCUCAAGCUUUUACCUCUAGUCAGGAACGCCUCGCCCGAGGAGCUGCACAAGAUCUUAAAGACGCCGCGCAAUCAACGGAUAAAGAUGCAGCUGCUGGAUAUAUUCGGCGCCGCUUCUACAUUGCCCGCUCAUCAAGCUGCCAUGAAGAUACUCCGGCAGGAUGAGACCGGCGACGAGACCGAGAGGUAUCUAUGGGCACUGUCUCUCUCGCCGACGCCCCAUGUCGAUGUUGCCAGAGAUAUUCUACGACGCUCCGAGGAGACGAUGCAAAACGACAAAGUGUCCGAGACUUAUGCACUCGCGGCGGGCGCGAUGGCGCGGCAUCACGGGUCCGCCGCGGUGAUAGAGAAGGCGCGAGUCAGCCUGGAACUAGGCUUGGAGACCUGCACUGGCGAGGAGUGCAAGCUUAAGUUCUUGCGAGCUCUGCGAAACCUGAGGUGUCCAGCGGCGAUACCCACGUUGCUGGUAUACGCAUUAAGCGACAGCAAAACCAUCAGCACCGCCGCCUGGCGCGCUUUGAAGGCCCUCCCACGUGAAGCUGCGACCGAUGAGUUGAAGGGCGCGGCACAUAGGGUUUUCUAUCAGAUCGGAGGGCCGCGAAGGGACAGCAGCGUGCGAACGAUCGCGUUGGACGUUAUCCUAGAGAACGAGCCUUCCGAAGAGGUUCUACGCGACUUCGUGAAAUAUUUGAGCAGCAAAGACCCAGCCUACGAAGUCCGCAAGUACCUGAGUCAACGUAUGGAGUUACUCGCCGAGAGGGACGCGCGAUUCGCCGAACACCUGAGAAAUAUAUACGUCCGUGGCAACGUAACGCUCAACAAUUAUCACAUGCAAGCGCAGCGGGGUCUUAGCACCGCUUUCGCGAGGCACUUCCUGCGCUCACCCGACAGUAAUGGUUCAUUGGUUACCGUUCAGGAAGUAAAUUCCGGUCUUCUGAAGCGCGGCAUCGUCGACGUCGUACUGGAGAGCAAUGAGCAACGGCAAGCGAUGUUCUCGCUGGGACUAUUCGCUGGCGGUCUUAGCAGUUUCGUAUCGAAUCAGGAUGAAGUCGACGACGCCGAGGUGGCCACUGCCGGAAUGGAGAUCGAUAUUCUUGACGUCGGGAUACGACCGUUCGUCUUUUUCACCGGGCAGGGCGAACUGAUGGGCCACGUAUGGUCGGGCACUGCGGACACAAGGACCCCCGCCUUUCAAGCUCUCGCUUCACUGUACAGUCAUAGCGAAUAUGUGCCAUUGGGGUCCGGUUUCGUCGCCGAACUCGACGUUCAAGGUGCCGUGAGCUUCGAGCUGGCCGGUGAGAUCCAGCUUAGUCUGUGGUCGAGAAAUGCACGUUCCCUGGUGGAGAUGAACGCCGGCGUGACGGUCCACGGCGGUACCAGGGUGCACACGAGCUUUGUGCAGAGCAAGGCGGAAUUCACGAUGGCGAUGGAGCCGAAGCUCCAACUAUCCACCACCGUGGAUUUCAGUGGACCUUCGGCGUUGUGCAUGAGACUGAGCCAACCGAUUACCGCGGUGAAGUAUCAGGUCUACAAAAUCGAAAGGAUACCCGGCAGCCGGCAUAGACUGAGAAAAACGCGCCGGAUGAAAGUUCACUCACCUGGCAGAUCCUACAUGCUCAAUCAAAAAAACAAUGAAAUGUGUACGAAGUUCACGAAUUUAAGUUAACGCAUACCGAAGACUACUCAGUGAUUUUUUUAUCGAUUACGAAAGAAUUGCGAAACUGUUGUUUUUAUUAUUGUGAUUUUUUUUAAGAGUGAAAUCUAUGAUAAUAUGGCAGCGUCUAUUUUCAAAUCGAUGGAUAUUGCUAUAUUUCAACCUUUAUAUGACA